AUGAAACAAUCCUAAUGUGGUAAAUGACUUCAUGUGUUAACAGCACAGUGCUUUACAUUCACACUCACACAAAGCGCUGUCCUUGUUUUGUUUUGUUUGGCGAUCAUUUCACAGCCAGAAGGGAGUGGCAUCUCGCGAGUGGAAUUUCACUUCCUGUAUGUCUCAGGUGAGUCACCUGGGCAAUGUCGUCGAUCGCUCAGGGUUUUUUUUUUUGUCGACAUCAAACGUGUGAGUUUGAGAGUAGGAAAGGAUCAAAUCUGCCUGGAGAGCGUUUGUGGAAGCUUUGAAGCGUUUUCUGGAUGCAUAGCAGGAGCUGAAGCUUGAUUUGAGAGAAGAAGCAAAGUGUUUUGCUACUUUGCGGCCUAACAAUUAAUUGAAGAAAAAAAAACUGCCUUUGUUGGUGUUUUUAUUCGCUACUGUCGUAACAGGCGAUCUCUGGAUUUUUUAUUUAUUUUUAUCUGUGUGGAAAUCUUCACAGGGCCUAUAAAAUGACUUUACCCCUUAGAGGGCAGUGGGGCGCGUGUGCGCUCCUGCUCCUGGUGCUACUUGACUCCACUUGCGGGCAGCUUGGUGAGACGUGCAUAGCCCGAUUCAAGAAGGGUCAGGAGGAUUUUGUCCUCGAUGUCGACGACUCCGUGAAAGACGGAGCGACGUUCAUUUCGUCGCCUAAUCUGCAUCGAUCCAAGGACUGCGUGGCCUCCUGCUGCAAAGAGCCGAAGUGCAAUGUCGCAUUCAUGGAGAGAGGAGCCGAGGAAGGCAGAGUCAACUCCUGCUUUCUAUUUGAUUGUCUGUACAAGAAGAAAUACGCCUGCCGCUUUGUCAGGAAGACGGGAUACAUCAAUUACAUCCUGGACUCCGUUUAUGAGAGCCAUCUUGCAGUGGAUGUUUCCCAAAAUGAAGGCGACCAACCCCCGGUGGCCGAUGGAGGCCAGGAUCUUGUAGUCCAGCCUCAGGACACCGUGACAUUGAACGGCUUUCAGAGCAAAGAUGACCAGGGGAUUGUAUCUUUCAAGUGGCAAAUGCUCACCAGUUAUCCUUAUGCUGUCAUUGAGAAAACCACCUAUGACGACCAGUUUAGCGUGUCCAAUCUGACAUCUGGGGUGUACAAGUUCCAGCUAACGGUCACAGACGCCAUCGGCCAGGCAGACUCAACCAAGGUCACCGUGCUGGUCCUGACUCCUGAGCAAUCUGACCACCACUGUAUGGCUCCGAAGAAGGUCGGGUGGUGUCGUGGUGCCUACCCUCGCUGGCAUUACAAUGCCGCCUCUGAACAGUGUGAGGAGUUCACAUUUGGGGGCUGCAACGAGAAUUUAAACAACUAUGUCACCAAGGAGGAGUGCAUCAACGCCUGCUCCGGCUUAGAAAAAGAUGGUAAAUCCGGCAGAGGUUUGCCGAUUCCUGAAGGAGAAAAAUGCGGUGCUACAUGUGCAGAAGGGGAAUUCACCUGUGCAAACGGCUGCUGUUUGCCGGGUCUGGAAUGUGACUCGGCUCCACAGUGUAGCGACGGCUCAGAUAAGCAGACAUGCGAGCAAUUGAGCAACGGUUUUAGGAUUCUGCAGACGAUUCCAGUGAAUGAACAAAAAGUGCAUUGCACAGAGCUUCCUGACACCGGAAACUGCCGGGACAGUCUCACCAGGUGGUACUACGACGCCCUCCAAAAGAGCUGCUUCCGCUUCAACUACGGUGGCUGCCACGGAAAUGACAACAGAUUUGACUCUAAGGACUCCUGUGUUAAAUAUUGCUAUGGGGUAACAGAAAAGGACAUGUUUGCAAGAGCUGAUAAAAGAGUGACCGAAGGCCAUACAGGUAUUGUAGCUAUAGCUGUCCUCUUGGGUGUCGCUAUCUUCGUUUUACUAUGCCUCCUGGUGUACUGCCUCAUGAAGGGAAAGAAGAAGUCUUCACAGCACCAGCGUGUGCCCGUCAACACUGUGCCGGUCAGCUUGGAGGACAGAGAGCGCCUAGUCUACAACAGCACCACCAAGCCCAUAUGAUUCUCCAGUCCUCACCUUUGACCACCAUUUUGGUUGUGAGUUACACUGGUUGUUAGAGACAGUUGUUGUACACUGAACAAACAAUGUCCACUGACUGAGUUUGAAUGCUGAAGGGGAUGUGUUUUUAUUUCGUAAGGGUGAUGUACAUAGAAGGCAGAACGUCUUCAGUGAUGAUGAAAUGUGACGGGUUAUAUUUUGACUUUUAGCUUGUUUUUAAUGCAGUGGCCUGUUAAAAUGAAUGGUUGGAUAACAGUUAGAAUUGAAGGAUUGUCAUUAGUUUGAAUGUAGAUUGUCACUGGAUGUCAUUGGAUCAGGUUAAAAUCCUAAAUAUUUUCUACUUUUGUUUUAUCUGCAUCUGAUUGUUCUUAGUGAACAGCUCUUUAUGAAAUAAAGUCAUUUCAAAAGUUAGAUCCCGAGUUGUCACUCGGUUCACAUUGGUCCGUUACUUAAAAGUAAGAGUCUAGCUUCCCAUGCGUCCCUUUAAAGAGCUGUGGGGAUGUUUGUGGAUAUGUAAUGGUAUAAGGAGAACCCUUCAACUUCCUAAAAUCCUGCCCUGCCAGCUUCUUCACUCUGUCAAAUGUAUUUUUAUCCUGUUUAUAAACCAUUGUUACGUUGGAUUACACAUACACGCGUAAUGUUGUACAUAAUCUUAGAAUUUUGAGAAAGUAAUAUUUUACUUGAGAAAGUUAUUUUGUCACUGAUUUUUCAGAACGAGCACAAUGCCUUCAUUAAAUAAUACUCAUUAAUACCUUUAGAAAUACUCCUUGCUGUGUGUUUGUACAUGACAUUAUAUAGGUUUCUGUAACUUUAGCAGUAUCAUAUUGUUUAUACUAAAUAAAUAUAUGAAAUCAAAA